AGCCUCAUAAAUGCGCAUGCGCAGCAGCGCUGUCCUCUCUGUUUCCUGCACACACUGCCACGUUAUUAGCGGCAGACACAACAUUCAAGCGAUACUUCAGACUGUUAAAGGUGAAAGACGACCCGCCGGGCUAACAGUCUCCCCGGUUUCCAUCACUGUUUUAGCAAUAGUUGACUCGUUUGGAGGUGAUCCGAGAUGCUGAAGUUGUUGAUUGUGUGCGCACUGGCCGCUAUUAGCGCGGCUGAUAUCCCCGAAGAGGAGGACGUGCUCGUACUGAAGAAAAGUAACUUCGAGGAGGCGCUCAAAACUUACCCAAAUAUCCUUGUUGAGUUUUAUGCACCUUGGUGUGGGCACUGCAAGGCCCUGGUCCCCGAAUAUGCUAAAGCAGCAGGUAUGCUGAAAGCUGAAGGCACAGACAUCAGACUUGCUAAGGUGGAUGCAACAGAGGAAUCUGAGCUUGCUCAGGAGUUUGGUGUUCGUGGAUAUCCCACCAUCAAGUUCUUCAAGGGAGGAGAGAAGGAGAACCCCAAGGAGUAUUCUGCUGGCCGACAGGCUGAUGACAUUGUCAACUGGCUGAAAAAGCGAACUGGCCCUGCAGCCACUACUUUAAGUGAUGUGACACAGGCAGAGUCUCUUAUUGCUGAUAAUGAGGUUGCAGUCAUUGGAUUCUUUAAGGAUGUUGAAUCAGAAGAUGCCAAGGCCUUCAUUAAAACCGCAGAGGCUGUGGAUGACAUCCCCUUUGGCAUCACCUCAGAUGAUGCAGUCAUUUCAAAGUUUGAAGUUGCCAAGGAUGGUGUUGUUCUUUUUAAGAAGUUUGAUGAGGGUCGCAAUACAUUUGAUGGAGAGAUCGGCAAAGAAAAACUACUGGCCUUCAUCAAGGCCAACCAACUUCCCCUGGUCAUUGAGUUUACAGAGCAGACUGCUCCAAAAAUCUUUGGAGGUGAAAUCAAGUCCCACAUCCUAAUGUUUGUGCCCAAAACAGCCACAGACUUCCAGGACAAGAUGGACCAAUUUAAAAAGGCAGCUGAGGGCUUCAAAGGCAAGAUUCUCUUCAUCUUUAUUGACAGUGAUGUGGAUGAUAAUCAGCGAAUUCUGGAGUUCUUUGGUCUUAAGAAGGAAGAGUGCCCAACAAUCCGCCUCAUUACCCUAGAGGAAGAGAUGACCAAAUACAAACCAGAAUCCUCAGAAAUCACAGCAGAGAACAUCAUUACCUUCUGCACAGACUUCACAGAGGGAAAGCUUAAGCCUCAUUUGAUGAGUCAGGACAUUCCUGACGACUGGGAUAAGAACCCUGUCAAGGUCUUGGUGGGCAAAAACUUUGAAGAGGUUGCCUUCGACCCCGCAAAGAAUGUCUUUGUGGAGUUUUAUGCCCCAUGGUGUGGUCACUGUAAGCAGCUGGCCCCUAUCUGGGAUCAGUUGGGUGAGAAAUUCAAAGACAAAGCAAACAUUGUUGUGGCCAAGAUGGACUCCACAGCCAAUGAGAUUGAAGCUGUCAAAGUGCAUAGCUUCCCCACACUCAAGUUCUUCCCUGCUGGCGAUGACCGUAAGGUAAUAGACUACAAUGGUGAGAGAACGCUAGAUGGAUUCACAAAGUUUUUAGAGAGUGGAGGAAAAGAAGGUGGUGCUCCAGCACGAGAUGAUGAGGACGAGGAAUCUGAUGAUCUGGAUCUUGAUGCAGAGGAGGAUGAUUCAGAUGUGGAAGAGGGACACGAUGAGUUAUAAGAGUCAGGAGGAAAAGGCAAGACAAACCCCUUCACCACCACCACCUCCACUUUAAACCUCCCUGUCUGUGAACACUAAAGCUUUUCCUACCUAAUCCAACUGGGCGUUACAGGGUCCUCUGUCAGCCAGUAGUCAUUACCAGUCCAACCCAACCAUCUGCAGCCCAGAGAAGUGCCUCUCUGCCCACAACUUUAUCUCUUUUGAAGUGUUUUACUGUACAGUUCUUUUUGCAUUAAAGUGUAUUUGGUUUUUAGGUUUAAUUCUAAUGGUAAUGUUGAACUACUCUUUAUACCUGCCCACUGCCUCCUUUUGUGAUCCGGGGGCUCAGUGUUAAGAUUUUGCAGUUUAAUACUGGAAAUACUCUCCUGAUGAAGGGGGAGGCAGUUAUUCUGCCUUAAAUCUGUGAUAUGAAUGAGUGGACGUUUCAGGGCAGAGGGGCUAUGUCAUUCACCAUUGGGUGGACAUGAAAUUAUAAUAGCUGCUAUUACAGUGUGAACAAAACUUAGCCGAGACCAAACCUUCCCUGUUUCAAUAGUCAAAUCACAUUUUCAUAUUCCUUAUUUUCCAAAUUAACACCUGCUACUGAAUUAUUUUUUAAAGCUGUAAAAGUUUUUACUUUUAUUUAAUUUUAUUUAAUUUUUUUUUAAAUAAUCUUACAUACAUAAGGGCCCAGAAACAGCACUUUUGUUGAAUUACCUGGGGCAGAGUUGGCCCUCUCAGCUUUCUGGUCAUCUGGGAGGAUGAUUUGAAACCUUGUUUUGCACUUCAUUUAGUGCCAUCAGAGAUUCCAUAUCAGUUACUGAAAUGAAGAUUUAUCUUUUAAGGACAAUAACUCACCCAUACCCUUCCUGCUCUCCAUCGCUUUAGUGGAAGAUUCCUUCCACCUGGAGGUAUGAUGCCAGUUGAUGAUGUCUGAGUGGUCAGUGUGACGGGGAGGAGAAAGUGUGCUUGUAACCAACUUAUUCAGUCUUUUUUCCCCUUCUUAUGCCAGGGUUCAGGGUUGUGCGUGUGUAUGUGAUUUGGUUAACCCUCAUGUUGUCUGUCUUUAUUUUUCUAGGAGGGGUGAAUUUCAGGGGUGGGUUCCUAAACCCUCCCUUAAAAGAGCGGGAGGGUUUAGGAAUUCUAUUGGGAGGGAUUUGGGUUUUGAAAUUAGUCAACAUGUUUGAGACCAAGCAUUCCAUUGCAAUGCAUUGAAAUUGAUUGAUAAUGUAAACUGGUGGCCAAAUAAACAACAAAAUGGUGAUAAA